UUUACACCAGCUCAUCUCUUCUCUGCUGUCUGACCUCUGACCUCUGAGUCUUGUGUCUGUGGUCAUUCGAGGAAGGCUUUUUGCUGGUUAGAGAAAUGAAAGUAUUCCUCACAGAUGAAUGGACUGUCACGUCUGUGUGACGAGCUAAGCAGCAGCAGCUCCAUCCCCACCACUCUGCACCACGGCAGCUGUCACAUGACAACAUGACAACAUGACCUACAUGUGUUGCUCUGUGUCGGGAUUUGUUGUGCUACAUAGCUAGUUAGCCUGUCAGCUAGUCUCAGCUAGCACCGCUAAUAGUGCUGAUAAUAUCCGGCUUUAGAAACUCAGAGGACCACGUCUCUCUGCGGGACUCAUGACUGUCUCUCUGUGACAAUGUUUUCACGGUUAGUUUUACCAAGCCGCUCUGAAGUACUUAGUAAUAACAGUGAGCUAGCUAACCGGAGCUAGCCAGGUUAGCUCACCGUCUCCAUAGUUACAUUUUAAGAAGCUAACUGCACAGCUAGCCGGGCUACUAGCGAGGACUCAGUUUGUUUUCCAGCAUCAACCCGACGGGGAUAACGUUUCCAGCGACAAUGGCUAACGUUACAGACCUGCAGACCAAAUACAGCAAGCUGGCACAGGAGUACUCCAAGCUCCGUGCCCAGAACCAGGUGCUGAAGAAGGCUGUUGUGGAUGAACAGGCCAACUCUGCCUCAUUUAAGGAGCAGCUAAAGCAGAGGGACCAGAGCCUGAGGAAGCAGGAGCAGGAGAUGGACAGUCUCAGCUUCAGGAACCAACAGCUGGCCAAGAGGGUGGAGCUGCUUCAAGAGGAGCUCGCUGUCAGUGAAGCCAAGGGCAAAAAGGGGAAGACUAAAGCAGACUCUCCCUCACAGCACGGUCUGGAGACCCAGAGUGUUUUUGAUGAGGACCUACAGAAAAAGAUAGAAGAAAAUGAGCGCCUUCAUAUCCAAUUCUAUGAAGCAGAUGAGCAGCACAGGAGGCAGGAGGCCACGCUGACGACACGACUGCAGGAGCUGGAAAAAGACUCUGAGCAGCACCACGCCGUUGUGGAUGGACUCACCACCAAGUACAUGGAAACAAUUGAGCGGUUGCAGAGUGACAAGGCACGUUUAGAGGUGAAAGCACAGACUCUGGAGAGGGAAGCCAAAGAAUGCAGAUUGCGAACAGAAGAGUGUCAGCAGCAGUUGAGGCGGUCCCAGUCAGAGCUGAACAGACAGGUGAAACAGAGCAGCAGUGUUAUCCAGGAGAAAGUGCCCUUCAAUGACACCAAAUGUGGUGACUACAACAGCCUAAACGUGCCACCACACAAUCGAAGGCACCAGCUUAAAGCCCGGGACGUGGCAGGUCAGGCCCUAGGCUUCAUUCAGGACCUGGUGGCUGCUCUGUUGAACUUCCACUCCUACACAGAACAGAGAGUGCACAUCUAUCCCCUGGACUCCUCCAUUGAGCCCAUCUCCCCUCUUAACCAGAAGUUUUCUCAGUAUCUACAUGAGAAUGCAGCCUAUGUGCGCCCCCUGGAGGACGGCUUCCUGCAGUUACACCAAAGCAUCACAGAGGACACCGUCACAGUACUGGAGACUGUGGUCAAGCUGAAGAACUUUGCUGAUAAUUUCUCCUCAUACACCCACUUUCUGCAAAAGAUUCUUCCCUACCAGCUGAAAAGCCUGGAAGAAGAGUGCAACGCAUCUCUUUGUACCGCUGCCCUUAUUGUGAAAAACCAGGAGUUGCAGACUGACAUGAAGAGAGUAACUGCUGUGUUUGAGAAACUGCAGAGCUACAUUAAACUUUUGGCCUUACCCAGUGUUCGGCAGGAUGCCAUGCCACAGAGCAGCACCUCAGCUGUCUUCACCCAGCUGGCCGCCUGCCUGCACAGUCUUCACGAUGCCAUUAAAGAGAUGUCAAAGCACUACAACCAGAAGGCCAGCUUGGAGAAGGAGCUCCCCACCAUCACCCAGAAGCUCUGCACCACCACAGAGUGCCUGCUCGGAUCAUUGGGCUGUCUGACCAGCAGCACCGGCAAGAUUGCCACUUUCUUCAGCAACAACUUGGACUUCUUCACAUCAUCAGGCUACAGUCCGAGAGGCAGCACAGUAGCUCUUAACCCGUUGCAAGCAGAGAGUAUGUUGGCCAACAAAAAGAAGGCAGCUGCCUAUAUCCAUGCUAUCAAAAAGGCCAGGCCGCAGUCUGUCCCAUACAGAGAAGCCCUGUCAAACCGACGCAUACUCACCAGCUCCACUGAGAGCAGAGAAGGUCUCACUCAGCAGGUGCAGCAGAGCCAGGAGAAGAUUGCUCGGCUGGAGCAGGAGAAGGAGCACUGGCUCCUGGAGGCCCAGCUGGGGAAGGUGCGGCUGGAAAAGGAGAACCAGCGCAUUGCAGACCUGGAAGUGCAGCUCGCAGCAGCUCUAGGGGGAAGUCCAGACUCACAUUUAGCCGCAGCCGGCACACUCGCAGAGAGCCUUGAGGAAGCAGAGACAGAGGAGAAGGAUGCUGGGAAAGAGACUACGCUGUGCACCAGCCUGGUUGGCAUGUUGUGCACAACACCUACCAUUGAACAUGUGGGAGACGAGCAGUCCAGGGAGCAGCUGAUAAAGACUCACUACAUGGCCAGAGUGGGAGAGCUCACCACCCAGCUCCAGAUUUCAGACAGCAAAGCUGUGCACUUCCACUCUGAGUGUCGAGCUUUGGCCAAGAGAUUAGCCAUUGCGGAAAAAUCACGGGAGACUCUGAGCGAGGAGGUCAAACUGGCUAAUCAGAACAUCACACGCUUGCAGGACGAGCUGGCUACAACAAAGAGGAGCUACGAAGACCAGCUCAGCAUGAUGAGCGACCACCUGUGUAGUAUGAAUGAGACUUUGAGCAAGCAGAGAGAGGAAAUCGACACGCUCAAACUGGGCAGCAAGGGAAAUUCCAAAAAGAACAAAGGUCGCUAGAGCUGCCCUCUGAACUCUGGCUCCAUUUUGGCAUCACAAAUGGCACCUUGAGAGAAGAUCUGGUGUGUGGAGCCUCCCAGCAGCGUCCUGGUACCAACAAUUCCACUGUCACUGAACCACGGGAGGGCCUCAGAUUCCUCCACUGUCAGGCAGUGGCAGUACAAAAUGAACUUGUAUGGAGGCUUGAACAAUGUUUGACUGAAGAAGCUUCUUUUUUUCCCUUUUCCUUGUCACAGCACCAGUUAUAACACAACACGAUUUUGCUACAAAUGCUUUCUGAAACUGUACCGGAAGCUGCUGCUUGACCUUUUGGCCAAAGCAGGGUGGGAGAGAAACAGCUUUUCCCCAAAAGGGGACACAGGAAGUUAAACAGCGGGAACAGUUUGAAGCUGCUUUACUGAAGUCAAGACUUGAAGACCAAACCCUGUUGAUCAGCGUGUGUACUUUUCCUGCUUUUAACGUACGCGUGAGGGAGAAUGAAACUGCUUUCUUAUCUGUGCGAGCAGGCGUACAGAGUAAAUGUUGGUGUGGCUGUAUGUGUGCAGAGUGUCGUCUCAUCGUGCGACUGUGGCACCAGGCUUUACAUCAUGUGAGUAUUGUUUUACACUUUUUAGAUCAAAUUUGAGAUUAUUUGCGCAAGUGGUUCCCAAGGGCCUGUGUGUCUACAUACAGCAUAACACACCCUUACAACAACACAUGCAUCUAUUACAAGCUUCUGUAAAGAAGGGCUUUAAAACCUUGAAUGAACAACUUGACAACAAAGACACUUGAAUUCAUUCCUCAUUUUGGGAAAUUUUCAGUCAUGUGGGAGUGGAGACUAGAUGAAAUGUCUGCCUUGAAGCACUGAUUCACUGCGUUUACUCAGAUGAAAAGGGUAGGACGGACAAGUCGGAGCUCGUGAAAUGGUGUCAGUCUGUCUCUGAAGUUACUCUGUAACAAUAGUCAUUUUUAUCACCAAAGUACGUGUGGAUGUGCACAACGGUCUCUAAAUUCAUGUUGUAAUAUGUAUGGAGAAAAAAGGGUUAAUGUGAAUAUACACUCAUUUGAAAUCAUGAUAUAAUUGUACUGUAUAAUUUCUUUAAAAAAAAAAAUAUAUAUAUAUAUAUAUAUAUAUACACAAAGGCAUUUAUUCAGAGGUUACACAUUUUUAUUUUACACAAAAUUUGGGAAAAUCUUUUUCUCCUGUAAGGCUAGAUUACUUGGAAGUGUUAUAGAGGGGUUGGGCCAUACUGUAGCUGGUGCUUAGAAAAACCUGAAUCAUGAGUCAUGGCGGGAGUGCAGUUUAAGUUUACGGUAAAAACAGACCCUCUUUGGCCUGUAGUGACACGAGCAAAAAGAAAGAAAAGCCCAGCAGUGGUUAUGAGCAGUUCAUUCAAACCUUUUUUUUUGCCAGUCGACACCUGCCAGCAAACCUUUUGUCCAUAAAGAUUUGCCAACACACCUGGAACUGAUAAAAAAAAAUACUUGUAUUCUCACAAUGUAACCUGUUCAAAAGCACAUAUAAAUAUGUGAAACAAAAUAAAAAAGCGUGUUCAACAUUGAAA